AUAUCUCGCCUUCCCGGCUCGUCGCUUGGGAAACUCAACCGCCAGGAGCCGCAGCGGGCGCGGGGCGGAGCACGGGAGGAUUCUCCGGUUCUCCGCCCGCAGCAACCACGGAACGCGGCCGGAGCCCCGCCCGGCGCCCCCGGGCCCCGCGUUCCGGUCCCGCCCCGCGGCUGCGCGGCCCGGAACGGAACGGAGCGGAACGGAGCGGAACGAGAUGGUGCCCGAGCUGGAGAAAGGCACGGUGCGGAUCCGGCAGCCCGAGCGGGUGCGGAGCAUCAUCCGCUCCCUCCGGGAGCAGGGGGUGGCCAAACUGCAGGUCAUUUCUGACUUUGACAUGACGCUGAGCAGGUUUGGUUGCAAUGGCAGGCGCUGCCCCACGUCUCACAACAUCCUUGAUACCAGCCGUGUGAUCAGCGAGGAUGGCAAGAAGAAGCUGAAGGAUCUGCUCCACUAUUACUAUCCCAUUGAAAUAGAUCCCAACCGGACCCUGGAAGAGAAACGUCCCCUCAUGGUGGAGUGGUGGACCAAAGCCCAUGAGCUGCUGGUGCAGCAGAAGAUCCACAAAAGUGACAUAGCCCAGAUCGUCAGAGAGUCAGAAGCGAUGCUCAGGGAUGGCUUCGAGGAGUUCUUUGAUCAGCUGCACAAGAACAACGUCCCCCUGUUCAUCUUCUCUGCUGGAGUUGGUGACAUCCUGGAGGAGAUCAUCCGUCAGGCCAACGUCUUCCACUCCAAUGUCAAUGUGGUGUCCAACUACAUGGGCUUCAGUGAUGAUUCAGCUGUUGGUUGUUCACUGUCCUGGCAGGUGGAAGAGAGGAGGAGGAAGUACCUGGAUUCCUACGACAUUGUGCUGGAGAGCGACGAGACGCUGGACGUGGUGAACGGCAUUCUGCGGUACAUCCUGGCUGAGACAUGAGCUGGGGACACUGUCCCAGCUCCAGCCACACAGCAGGCACUGGGCAGGGGGUGUCCUUCCCAGGACAGAGCUGGAGGGGACUGCUGGUGCUGGCUGGGCUCCAUCCUGACCUCACUAAUGCCCUUGGCCAGCCCUGGAGCAGGAGAGGUGAGGUGGAGGAAGCUUCUCCUUUCCCUUUCCCCCAGCUCUGCCUGGCUCUGCAGUUUCCCACCCAGACUGGCUCUGUCCUGCUCAGACUUCAUCCCAGUGGGAAUUCACCCCUGAGGCCACAACAAACCAUUCCACAUCUCAGAGAGAGAUGUUCUGCGCUGCCUUCAGCAGCUGAGGGUGGAAUGGAGAUAGUUUACUGUGGGCUGAGGACAGACCCACUUUAAAUGUUCCUGGUUAAGAAAAGAAGUCUCUCUCUUGUCCUGUUUUCUGUGGGCUUCAAAGCUCUGGGGCUGACUCUGGUGCCAGUGCAGCCACUGGGCUGGUGUGGCCCUGCUGGCCAUCACAUCACCCAGCCCCACAUUCCCCAUGGAAACCAGCAGCUCUGGCCUCGUGUCUCAGCUCACCCGUCCCUCUUGCACCAGUACAGCUCUUACUGUGAAAAAAAAAAGGCCCCAGAGCUCAGCUGCUGCUGCUGCCCAAAGCCAGAAGUUUGUCUGCCAGGGAUCAGAGGAGGGGUGGGAAUGGGGGGGAGAGGCCAGUGGCAGAAUUUUGAGUUUUAAACAAUGUUUUACCUGACUCUGUCUGUGUAAUAAAUUUCUGGGCUGAUCCUGGGCUCUCAGAGCAGCAGCAGGAAAAGACCAUUUUAUUAAUGUAUAACCUCUGGUUAUGUGGGACUUUGGGAAGAGCAGAUUUGUUCUGUUUUGGAAUAAAACCACAAUUGGCUAAA